AUGGCGCAAUGGGUGCUGGCGACGGUGCUGGGCGUCGUGUGGGCUAUCAGCUUGCUGUACAGCGAGUGGAUUCAGUUCUGGCUUCGGCCGCCCAGCUGCUCCACGUGGCCGGACGAGAGUGUUCAGGGUCAGUACAUUCCUCCCAAGGAAUACAAGACCCUUGCAGUCAUCAACAGUCCAAAGCUCCUCCCAAGCACCGCCCUGCACGCGCAGUUCAUCACCGCCCGCCUCCGCAACGACCUUUACCUGCGCCGGGCCUUCCGAGCCUCCGUGCUCCGGUUCUCCCCGAGCCUCGUCGUCACGCUCGGGGACCUCUUCCAGUCCGGAGCUGAUGCCACUUACCCCCUCUUCCGAGCAGAAGCUAGUCGUUACCACCAUGUGUUCCAAACGCACGACCCGUUUCUCGACCCGCACACAUGGGCUGGGAGAGGCUCACUCAGAGCUCAUUCCGUGUGCCCGCCCCUCUCCGCCCACCCCUUCCUCCCCCCACCCAACACACCAGCUUUCGAGCAGAAGCUAGUCUUGGCAGUGCGCUUUGAGCGGUAUGUGGGGGCGCUGAAGUUCCACAACCGGUAUGUGGGGGCGCUGAACUUCCACGACAAGGUAGGGGCGGUGCGGGUGGUGGGGAUAGCUGAACGGCCUCCCUCUGUGUCUCACCCCCCUUUUAUUCCCCUCCUCUUCUGCCUCUUCCCUGCUUGCCCAACCUCCCGGCAUCCCAUCAGCUGGCAGUACGUUUUGAGCGUUGGAGCGCUGAACUUCCAUGACAAGGUGGGGGCAGUGAGGGUGGUGGGCGCGGUGCGGGUGGUGGGCGCGGUGCGGGUGGUGGGGUUGAACGAACGGCCUCCCUCAGCGUCUCACCCUCCUCUUCUUCCCCUCCUCUCAUGCCUUUUGCUGCGUGCCACCUUCCAGCUGGCAGUGCGUUUUGAGCGGUAUGUUGGGGCGCUGAACUUCCACGACAAGCUGGCAGUGCGCUUUGAGCGGUAUGUUGGAGCGCUGAACUUCCACGACAAGGUGGGAGCGGUGAGGGUGGUGGGGGUGACUGAACGGCCUCCCCUUAGUGGUUUUUCCUCCCCUUCCGCCUCUUGCCCUGCCCGUUCCAUCCAUCAGCUGGCAGUGCGCUUCGAGCGGUAUGUAGGAGCGCUGAACUUCCACAACAAAGUGGGGGCGGUGAGGGUGGUGGGGGUGAACGGCUUGGCAAUGGACGGCCACAGGCAGCGCAACAACAGCACGAAGCAGCUGGAGGAAUUCCUUCAAAGCUUGCCGGACCAUGGUGCCCGGACGUCCACACUCCCGCUCAUCCUCUUUUCACACCUGCCGCUCCACUCCCCCACCGACCUCCCCUGUGGAGCCAACCAACAAGGCCAAGCAGUGGACUGGGACAAGGACGGGGAGGUUAGGUACCAGGAUGCGAUAUCAAAAGAAGGAUCCAACCACCUGCUUCAGCUGCUGAGACCGGCUCUGGUGGUGUCAGGCCAUGCAGAGGCAACCUGCUGGCAGCAGCGGCAGGUGGGGGGGACGCCCAGAGGGAACAGCAGCUCGGGUGCUGCUGCUUGGGACGUGGUCGAGCUCUCCCUCCCAACCUUCAACUUCAUCCACAGCACACACACCAUCACCGACCCGCCUGCAUUCCUGCUCAUCACCGUUCCCCUCGACCACCACCACCCUCACGGAAGCUCCAGCCAGCAGCAGGGGCAGCAGCAGAAACCAACGUUGGGAGCAGCGUCAGUGCACGUACAGCUGUGUGUGCUGCCCACGCAGAUCCUCUUCCCUCCCUGGUAUUUCCUCCUCUCGCUGCUCUCCUGCCUCGCCUUCCUCCUGCUGCCCUCACGAGGCGUCUCCUGGGCGUCCCUGGCAGUGCUGGCAGCGCGCGUGGCAGCAGCGAGCAGAGAGGCGUGGACACUCCCCAAGCUGAAAGCAGAUGGGGAUUGGGAGGGGGAGCUGGAGCCCAUGUUUGACACGGAUGGCAACAUGGUGCUUGUCAGGCGGGCGACUCCCAGACUGCCAGACACCAUGCCUUCCUCCAUCUCCUCCGAUAGGAGACCUGGCGGGGCACAGCUAAGGGCAUCCCGGCAACAGGGAUCGCAUGAUUCGUUAAUGGACGCCGGUGGCAGCUCCGGCGUUCCUCGAAUCGGAUCAUUCACAGACGUCUCAAGAGACGGUGCUACAGCAUCUGGAGGUGGUGGUGGUGGUGAAUCAGGAGGCGAUGGGUUAAUGGCGACGAUUGCCAAGGGGGCGAACCUGACGCCCAAGAUUGCUUUUCUUCGCUUGCUACGGGCGAUAGGGCCGCUUACGCUGUUGGUGGGCAGUCAGCUUGCUUUGUAUUUGGGGCUUCUCGCCAAGGACUGGAGCUAG